CAAUAACAUUAACGCAUACCCUUGCUACCUCGUUUUUAACGGUUACACUUUUGUGAGCUUUGAAUAAACAAACCUUCCCAAACUACCCCUAACUACUCUAUAUAAAGCUUUGAACUUCCCACUUCUUAGUCUAACCCAAAUAAGGAAACCCACACACACAGACACACAUAUUCUUGCUCUCCAUUCCAUCUUUGCCUUUCUUUUCUCUCUUCUAUCAUGGAGACACAGGUUGAUACUUUGUGGGUUUUAGCUCUUGCUUCUAAAUGCAAAGCUCUCUCUUCUGAAUACACCAUUUUGGGUGUUGUCUUUCUUUGCAUAACAUGGCUGACCUUGGCUUUGUGUUACUGGGCUUAUUGUCCUGGAGGCCCAGCUUGGGGAAAGUAUUGGUGGAAGAGAUCAUCAGCUAAGAAUAUUAAGCCAAUACCAGGACCUCGUGGGCUUCCAGUGAUUGGAAGCAUGAGCCUUAUGGUUAACCUAGCUCACCACAAGCUAACCAAAGCUGCUGAGUGGUGCAACGCUAAGAGACUCAUGGCUUUUAGUGUUGGUGAAACUCGUUUCAUCAUAACGAGCAGUCCAGACGUAGCUAAAGAAAUCUUGAACAGCUCAGUCUUCGCUGAUCGUCCAGUGAAAGAGUCUGCUUACAGUUUAAUGUUCAACAGAGCGAUUGGUUUUGCUCCCUAUGGGGUUUAUUGGAGAACUUUGAGAAGAAUCGCUUCCACACACCUGUUUUGUACCAAACAAAUCAACGCUUCUGAGGCUCAGAGGUCAAAAAUCGCAUCCCAAAUGGUUUCCACGACCAUGAUUGCAUGUAAUAGUAGUAACUCUGGCCGUGAGUUCUCUGUUCGUGACAUACUCAAACGAGCUUCGCUUAACAACAUGAUGUGCUCGACGUUUGGACGAAACUAUGACCUUUCACAGCUCGAUAGUGAAACUGAGGAACUGAGCCAGCUUGUGUCUGAAGGUUACGACUUGUUGGGAAAGCUUAACUGGUCUGAUCACCUUCCUUGGAUUGCUGGUCUUGACCUUCAGGGAAUCAGAUUCAGAUGCUCCAAUAUUGUUCCUAGAGUGAACCGGUUCGUCAACCGGAUUAUCCAAGAGCAUAAAGAGCAAACCGGUCAAAGAAACCAUGAUUUUGUGGACGUUCUUCUCUCUCUUCAGGGGCCUGAUAAACUCUCUGAAUCCGAUAUGGUUGCUGUACUUUGGGAGAUGAUUUUCAGAGGAACGGAUACUGUGGCUGUUUUGAUUGAGUGGAUACUAGCCAGGAUGGUACUUCAUCCUGAUGUCCAAUCAAAAGUGCACGAUGAGCUCGAUCGAGUCGUGGGAAGAUCAAGACCGUUGAAAGAAUCAGAUAUUCAAUCCAUGGUUUACUUGCCAGCUGUGGUGAAAGAAGUUCUUAGGCUACACCCACCGGGCCCACUUCUAUCAUGGGCCCGCUUGGCCAUUGAGGAUACUAUAGUUGAUGGCUAUCAUGUGCCUGCAGGGACCACAGCCAUGGUUAACAUGUGGGCUAUUACAAGGGACCCACAAGUGUGGUCGGACCCACUUGAGUUUUUGCCAGAGAGAUUUGUGUGCAAGGACGCAGACGUGGAGUUUUCUAUCAUGGGGUCGGAUCUGAGGCUAGCUCCGUUCGGGGCGGGUCGGAGGACUUGCCCCGGAAAGGCAUUGGGUUUGACCACAGUGACUUUUUGGGUAGCAACUUUGUUGCAUGAAUUUGAGUGGGUGAAAUCUGAUCAAACCCCAGUGGAUCUCUCUGAAGUGUUGAAGCUUUCAUGUGAAAUGGCAAACCCUCUUACUGUUAAGGUGAACCCAAGGCGUACAUGAGAAAUUUGCACGUUAUAAUUAAAUAGGCAGCAUAAAUUGUAUUAAUGCUGGUGUUUGUCUUAAUUAUCUUUCACCUAAAUGUAACCCUUAAUAUAUAUGUGGGUUUAGUCACUAGGCUGUUAGUUAUUAAGGUUAAUGUACGUAUAAACCUCAAUAUGUUGAGGUUGAAUCAUUAGCUAGCUAGGCUGUUAAUGAUAAUGUGUGUGUCUUGUUUC